AUGAGUUUGUAUGGUGGAACUGGUUAUGGGUUUUGGGUAUUUCUUGAAACGUUCUCAGGUCUUGUUCAAGGAUGGGCUGCCAUAGUCAUGGGAAUUCUAUCAGGCAGUGUUCCAUGGUUCACAAUGAUGAUAAUUCACAAGAGGUGGACACCGCUCCAGCAAAUCGACGACACACUCGGCGUCUUCCACACCCACGCCGUCGCUGGCUUCCUCGGUGGCACCCUCACCGGCCUCUUUGCAGAGCCCACACUUUGCGCCCUCUUCUUGCCCGUCACAAACUCUAGAGGCGGCGUCUAUGGCGGCUCUGGUGAAAUCCAAUUCCUCAAACAAAUCGCCGGUGGCUUAUUUAUUAUUGGGUGGAACCUCGUGAUCACAUCGAUCAUUUGUGUUGUGAUUAGGUUGGUGAUUCCGUUGCGAAUGACUGAGGAACAGUUGAAGAUUGGUGAUGAUGCAGUGCAUGGAGAGGAAGCGUAUGCAUUGUGGGGUGAUGGGGAGAAGUAUGAUGCAACCAGACAUGGAGUCUACGCCGAUGAUAAGAUACAUCAAAAGACCUCCAUUGGUGCAACUCAAGUGGUCUAA